CGCUUUCGACAAGGAAGGUGAGAAAUGCGGAAGUUUCUACACCGAAUUGACGGCCCGGUUUCCUUUAAGUGAACAGUCGUAGUCGAUCUUGAAGCCGGGGAGGGCUUCUGUCACCCAGAGCUAAUGGCUACUCUGCCCACUUCCGAUCGGAGGGCAUUUGCUCUGAAAAUCAACAGGCAUUCCUCAGCAGAAAUAAGACGGCAGUUUGUGCAUCAACCAUCCCUUGGACCAUUCUCCCAGCGAAGUGUCAGUACACCUGGUUUUUCUUCCAUUAAUCUUCCUCAGUUUUAUGAUGCUGUGGAGCCAGUGGAUUUUGAAAGUUUCUUAAUGAUGCAGCUGAAUAACCUAGAUUCAGAACUCUUGCAAGAAUUGGGUGAUUUUUCUGAAGAUGAUUUGGAGGUGAUUUAUACUUCAAAGGAGUAUAGGACCUUGGAACCAUCAUUACCAGAAGAAGGAACGGAAUUGGAUCUUCAUGUCCGGGACUGUGUUCAGACCUAUAUUCGGGACUGGUUGAUUGUGAAUCGAAAAAAUCAAGGAAAUAAUGAGGCUUAUACCUUAAUGCAAACGGGAUCCAGAAGAGAUUUCCACAAAAGCCUUCGAAAGCAAACAUUUGAGUCUGAAAUGUUGGAUCAUCACGAUUCCAGUUAUCAGGCAGAUCCCAGGCACUUAAAAGUCCUCUGUGAUGAAUCCAGUAGAGCCACCUUGACAUCUGGAGAAGUUUGUCUGCGCAGCCUCCCACCUGAUCCCCGACUGACCAGCCUACUACAGACGGCCAGUGCAGAAGACAUCCAAAAGCAAAACGAAGAGGCACGGCAAGCCAACAGGCCUACCGAAUUGUUUGCUCUGUAUCCCAGUAUAGAUGAGGAGGAUUCUGUAGAAAUACGACCAAUACCUGAAUGCCCGAAGGAGUAUCUGGGCAAUAGGAUAGUAGUGAAAGUACAGACACUGAGAUUUGAAAUAGAAGUUGAGCCAUUAUUUGCAACCUUAGCUCUCUAUGAUGUAAAAGAAAGGAAAAAGAUCUCUGAAAGUUUUCAUUGUGAUUUGAAUUCUGAACAAUUCAAAGGGUUUUUGCGAUCUCAUACACCAUGUAUCGACUCCUCUACUCAGGCUAGGGCUGCUGUAUUUUCGGUAACAUAUCCUUCAUCAGAUAUCUAUCUUGUGCUGAAGAUUGAAAAAGUUCUUCAGCAAGGAGAAAUUGGAGAUUGUGCAGAACCCUACAUCAUUCUAAAAGAAAGUGAAAGUGGGAAGACUAAGGACAAGAUUGAGAAAUUAAAACAACAAGCAGAGAACUUUUGUCAACGUUUAGGAAAGUACCGCAUGCCUUUUGCUUGGAUACCUAUAAAUUUAGCAAGUUUCUUCAGUGUUCCAACACUUGAAAAAGAUAUAGCUGAGUUAGAAGUUUUAAAUGGAAAAGGGUCCAUUGGUGAUCGAAAAAUGAUGACAAUGCAAUCUAGAAAGUAUUCUGAAAGAGGCCUUAGCUCAGAUGACAUUCCUGGCCCAGUGAACUUCAGAACCACCACUCUGACUGUCAACACAUUUUUUAAACAGGAAGGAGAUCGGUUUAGUGAUGAAGACUUAUUCAAGUUUUUAGCUGAUUACAAGAGGUCUUCUUUGCAGAGAAGAAUAAAGUCUAUACCAGGUUUGCUUAAAUUGGAGGUCUCCCCUGCUUCAGAAGGCCUCAGUUGUUGUCUCAGCCCAGAGCUGUUGCAGGUAAAGCCAUUCACGGAGAAUCGCAGUCGUAUUCAUAAAGAGGUUUUGGAGUUUCCAGUACGAGAAGUUUAUGUCCCCCAUACUGUAUAUAGAAAUCUUCUUUAUGUGUAUCCACAACGGCUGAAUUUUGUAAACCGCUUGGCUUCAGGACGAAACAUUACCAUUAAGAUUCAAUAUAUGUGUGGAGAAAAUCCUGCCUGUGCAAUGCCGGUCAUCUUUGGAAAAUCUACAGGUCCAGAGUUUGUACAAGAGGUUUACACUCCCGUGACAUAUCAUAACAAGUGUCCCGAUUUUUAUGAAGAAGUGAAAAUUAAACUCCCAGCUAAACUGACGGAAAAACACCAUCUGCUGUUCACAUUUUACCACAUCAGCUGUCACUCAAAACAAGGAGCUUGUGUAGAAACACUCUUGGGUUAUUCAUGGCUGCCAAUUCUGUUAAAUGAUCGGCUCCAAACAGGACAUUAUUGCCUGCCUGUUGCUUUGGAUAAACUGCCUGCCAACUAUUCAAUGCACUCAGCAGAGAAAGUUCCUCCACAGUCUCCUCCUAUUAAAUGGGUGGAAGGACACAAGGGGGUGUUUAAUGUGGAAGUGCAAGGUAUAUCAUCAGUUCAUACCCAGGACAAUCACCUGGAGAAAUUCUUCACCCUGUGCCAUGCUCUUGAAAGCCAGGUUACCUUCCCUAUUCGAGUGCUGAAUGAGAAAAUCACAGAAGCCAGUCUAGAACAUGAGCUGAAACUCAGCAUUAUUUGCUUGAAUUCUUCCCGCCUUGAGCCUCUAGUACAAUUUUUACACUUGGUAUUGGAUAAACUGUUCCAGUUGUCAGUCCAGCAUAUGGUUAUAGCUGGCCAGACAGCAACCUUCUCCCAGUUUGCCUUUGAGUCGGUGGUGGCAGUAGUGAAUAGCCUCCACAACAGCAAAGAUCUGAGCCAGGACCAGCAUGGGCGAAACUGUCUCCUAGCAUCAUACGUGUACUAUGUGUUCCGUCAUCCUGAAGUUCAGAGAGAUUUUAUCAAACUAGGUACAAGUGGAAGCGCAAAUCUUCCUGAAUCUCGUUAUUACACAUAUGGUCGUACAGCUGCUGUCUCAGUGGGAUCUCGACUCUUGCAGAGUCGGGCAACAAGCUGUAGUAAUCCAGAUAUUGCUGGGACACAGAAUGCUCCAGACGAAGAAGUGAAAAGCAUCAUGUCCUCAAAGGUUGCAGAUCGAAGCUACAGCCGGCUGUCUUUCUAUAGUGAAUCCAACAGUGAUAUGUCAAGUCCCUGCACAAGCACUCGCCUAUCCAAACAAAAGCAUUUUCAUGAAGAAUUCGCACUUCAGAUGGUGGUCAGCACGGGCAUAGUAAGAGAAUCAGUCUUCAAGUAUUCUUGGUUCUUCUUUGAAUUGCUGGUAAAAAGCAUGGCUCAGUAUGUUGACAAUGUACAGAAGCAGGAUGUUCCCCGCAGAGCUCGAUUUUCCAACCGCUUCAAGGAUGACAUCACCACGAUUGUCAGUGUUGUUACCUCAGAGGUUGCUGUACUUUCAGUCAAGACCCAGAAGGAAAGUGAACAGGCAGAAAAGAUCAACAUUAGCUUGGCAUUUUUCCUAUACGAUCUUCUUUCUUUAAUGGAUCGUGGAUUUGUGUUCAACCUUAUCAAACACUACUACAAUCAGUUGUCAAAUAAACUGAGUAAUAUUCCAGUGUUGUUGUCCAUGAGGCUGGAGUUCCUACAAAUUCUCUGCAGUCAUGAACAUUACCUCAAUUUGAAUCUCUUCUUUUUGACUUCAGGAUGUGCUCCAACAUCUCCUUCUCCUUCUGUAUCAUCCCAGAAUUCAAGUUCCUGCUCAAGUUUUCAGGACCAAAAACUUGCCAGCAUGUUUGAGCUUACAGCAGAUUAUCGGCAGCAGCACUUCCUCACUGGGCUACUUUUCACAGAGUUGGCAGCUGCCUUGGAGGCAGAAGGGGAAGGAAUAAGCAAGGUACAGAGGAAAGCUGUCAGCGCUGUCCACAGCCUGAUGAGUUCACAUGACUUGGAUAAAUCCUGCUUGAAGCCAGAAAUGAAAAUGAAAAUUGCUGCACUUUAUCUGCCUCUGGUUGGGAUAAUUUUGGAUGCACUUCCACAAUUAUAUGAUUUUACAGUUUCAGAUGGUCACAAUGGGAAAGGCCGUGCUGCGUGGCCAGAUGAAGAACAAGAAGCAGCAAAUCAGAUUAAUCACAGUAUUGCUCUGGCUAUUGCUGGGAAUCAGUUUAACUUACGAUCCUCUGGCUCCUCUAUGUUUACAAUGUCCUGCAAAUCAUGCAACAUAUUAAGCCCUGAAACAACCCGUCAUCUUUUGAUCUGCUUCCUGUGGAUCAUGAAGAAUGCUGAUCAGAACCUUAUUCAGAAAUGGAUUGCAGAUCUUCCCUCUCUGCAGCUGAACCGGAUUUUAGACCUUCUUUUCAUCUGCGUCUCAGGCUUUGAAUAUAAGGGCAAGCAAAGCUCAGACAAAGUCAGCACUCAAGCCCUCAAGAAAUCAAGAGACGCAAAAGCUCGUCUGGAAGAAGCAUUGCUGAGGGGAGAGGGGGCCCGGGGCGAAAUGGUGAAGCGGAGCAAGCUCCUUGCUGGGAAUGAUAGGUUCCCAGGGUCGAAUGAAAACUUACGAUGGAGAAAAGAGCAGACACAGUGGCGGCAAGCAAAUGAAAUGCAAGAUAAAACAAAAGCUGAGAUUGAUCAAGAAUCUCUGAUUAGUGGAAACCUGGCUACAGAAGCUAAUCUGAUUAUCCUAGAUAUGCAAGAGAAUAUCAUCCAGGCAACAUUAGCUAUGGAUUGCAAGGAUAACAUCUUUGGAGGUGUGAUGAAGGUCCUCAUAAAUUCUCUGAGCUGUGAUCAGAGCACAACCUACUUGAUCCAUUGCUUUGCAACCCUCCGAGCGUUAAUUGUCAAGUUUGGAGAGCUGCUCUUUGAAGAAGAAGUGGAGCAAUGUGCUGAUCUCUGCCAGAAAGUCCUGCAUCACUGCAGUAGCAGUAUGGAUACUACUCGUAUUCAAGCUUGUGCCACGCUUUACUUCUUGAUGAGAUACAGCUUCAGCUCCAGUAGUAACUUUGCAAGAGUGAAAAUGCAAGUGACAAUGUCCCUGGCAUCUCUGGUUGGUAAGACUUCAGAAUUUAAUGAAGAAUAUCUCAGAAGGUCAUUACGGACCAUUUUGGCCUACGCCGAGGAAGAUUUGGACAUGCAGCCAACUUUGUUCCCAGUACAGGUGGAAGAAUUAUUGCGUAAUCUGAAUUGCAUAUUAUCAGACACAGUGAAAAUGCGACAGUUUCAAGAAGACCCAGAGAUGCUUAUGGAUCUUAUGUACAGAAUUGCCAAAGGAUAUCAGACUUCGCCUGACUUAAGACUUACCUGGCUUCAGAACAUGGCUGAGAAACACACCAAGAAGAAAAGCUAUACAGAGGCUGCCAUGUGUCUCAUUCAUGCUGCUGCUCUUGUUGCAGAAUAUUUGAGCAUGUUAGAGGACCACAGUUAUCUACCAGUUGGGAGUGUCACUUUUCAGAACAUUUCCUCCAAUGUCCUGGAAGAGUCUGCUGUUUCAGAUGAUAUUCUGUCUCCAGAUGAAGAUGGAGUUUGCUCAGGAAGAUAUUUCUCAGAGAAUGGGUUGGUGGGACUGCUGGAAAAUGCUGCUGAGCUUUUUAGCACUGGAGGACUAUAUGAAACUGUAAAUGAGGUCUACAAGAUUGUCAUCCCCAUUUUAGAAGCACAUCGAGAUUUUAGGAAGCUUUCUUCUGUUCACAGUAAACUCCAAAAGGCAUUUGAGAGCGUAAUAAAUAAGGGUCAAAAGAGAAUGUUUGGGACUUACUUCCGUGUUGGUUUCUAUGGAGCCAUAUUUGGAGAUCUAGAUGAACAGGAAUUUGUUUAUAAAGAGCCUGCCAUAACCAAACUUCCUGAGAUAUCUCACCGUUUGGAGGGAUUUUAUGGUCAGUGCUUUGGGGAAGAUCGCAUUGUUGUGAUCAAAGAUUCUAUUCCUGUGGAAAAGAACAAGUUAGAUCCCAGAAAGGCCUAUAUACAAAUUACUUUUGUGGAACCAUACUUUGAUGACUAUGAGAUGAAAGACAGAGUAACUCACUUUGAGAAAAACUUUGAUCUUCGACGAUUUAUGUACACCACUCCUUUUACUCAGGAUGGGCGUCCACGAGGAGAGCUGAGUGAGCAGUAUAAGAGGAAGACCAUUUUGACCACAAUGCAUGCCUUUCCCUACGUCAAAACUAGAAUCAAUGUCAUUCAAAAGGAGGAGUAUGUGUUGAUGCCAAUUGAAGUAGCUAUUGAAGACAUGCAAAAGAAAACUGUUGAGCUAGCAGUUGCUACAAGCCUGGUGCCUCCAGAUGCCAAAAUGCUUCAGAUGGUCCUUCAGGGUUCUGUGGGAGCCACUGUUAACCAGGGACCACUAGAGGUUGCUCAAGUGUUUCUGGCUGAGAUUCCAGAUGAUCCAAAACUUUACCGACAUCACAACAAGCUGAGAUUAUGCUUCAAAGAGUUCAUAAUGAGGUGUGGAGAAGCAGUGGAAAAAAACCGGCAUCUGAUUACUGCUGAGCAAAAAGAAUAUCAUAAGGAACUGAAAAAGAAUUAUGAGAAAUUGGAGAACAACCUCAGACCAAUGAUUAGGAGGAAAAUCCCAGAGCUAUAUAAACCUAUUGUGAAAUUUAACAGUAUUUCAAGGGACUCUUUCCAUAAUUCUAGCAUUAGGAAGUAUGAACAGCUGCCCACGCAGAACUCUUAAGAAGAAUAGUCUUACGAAAACAAGCGAUCCUUCUGCAACAGAUUCAAAUGAAGGAAGAUACCCACUGAGAUACCAUGUAGGAAGCUCUUCUCACAAUUCCUGAUGACCACAUUUUGUCAAUAUCAUUAGCAGCAAAGUUGCUACGUAGGAGUGGAAAUGGCCAUUAG